AAAUAUCGCAUUGGGGUUCCGAGAAAACGCAGGAUUUCCUGUGGCAUUACUUACAUAUCAAAGUUUUAGAUUCGUAAAAGUGCGCAACCCAUUUUAAUCUCCGUCGGUUUCAUGUCUUAUUCAAAACCAUCUUAUCCGUACGUGCCCUAGACUACACAUCAACGAAGUUAGUCUGCAAGAAGUCAUCGAAAAUGUCCGAAGCCACAGUCGCCGACACUCGCCGGUUAAACUCCAAACCGCAGGACCUGACGGACGCUUACGGGCCUCCCAGUAACUUUCUGGAAAUCGACGUGUACGACCCGCAGACCAUAGGAGUUGGUCGUAAUCGGUUCACCACUUAUGAAGUCCGGAUGAGGACGAACCUUCCUAUUUUCAAACUGAAGGAGUCAUGUGUAAGACGAAGAUACAGCGACUUCGAAUGGCUGAAAAAUGAGCUGGAAAGAGACAGCAAGAUUGUUGUGCCUCCUUUGCCUGGAAAAGCAUUAAAGCGACAGCUCCCAUUCCGUGGAGAUGAGGGCAUUUUUGAAGAGUCCUUCAUAGAGGAGAGGCGAUCUGGACUUGAACAGUUCAUCAACAGAAUUGCAGGUCAUCCUUUGGCCCAGAACGAACGCUGCCUUCACAUGUUCCUGCAGGAUGAAAGUAUUGAUCGGAACUACAUUCCUGGAAAAGUACGGCAGUAGGGUUUUCCAAACUGGGACGAGGGAGGGUCUUCUUUCUCCGGUUUUGAGCUUCUAUUCCCAUUCGUCUGCAAGCAGUGCAGAGUAACAUUUAUUUUUACACCAAGCAAAUUUAGAUUUGUGAUGAAUCAUGCAGGACUUAAUUUCUUUGGACCGAUCAUGUGUCUGAGGUUUCUCUUAGUUUACACACACAUUGUAUUUCUUUUACAUCUAUACAGUGUACUUGUUAGCGCGUGUGUGUAUACAUUAAAAAUAACUAUACAUUAAGCUGUAGCACUGAGGGUUGGCUCAUAUCUUUGUCCUCUAUGGUAACUGUUGUAAAUGGUUCAUUUAAAUCCAAACAUGCACAAAUGCUUACUCAUGUGAGUGGAUGGAUUGUGAUUCCAAAAAUGUUCUCUUUCAAGCUUAAGGUGUACUUGAUAGUAGUCAUGUGACCAUCAGUGUGACUGUAAUGGACUUGUCAGUAUUAAGAUUGAGCAAUGAAACAGACGAAUGUUGCUUAUUCCUCUCAUGCGUAGUUUGAACAUCAUAAAAAUGUGAGUGUUGACAAUAUCUGAUUAACUUUAAAGCUUUACUUCAAUGUUCAGACGCAUUGGAUUAUUAGAGAGCCGUUUUAAUUCCAAUUUUAUGUGAGAUGAUUUGGUUCUGAAAAUAUGUUGUCUUAGAGAAAGCUUAUGGCGUUCAGAAAGUCUUGAUAGUAGUAAACACAUUUUUAAGAAACGACAGACCUAAUUAAUGCAGAGUAUAUCAGGAUUGUUAGGUAUACGUAUUAAUACAUCUAACAAUAGACCAGCUAGGGUACAUUCACCGACAUAUUUCACUUAAAGUUGUUGGUGUUGAAGUUACACAAUAUGCCCUUUUGUCAAAUUAAUACACAUUUGGUAUGAAAUACAUGUUUGAGACCUGUAUUUUAUGCAAAUCUUUUUGGGUUAAACUCUAGGAUGUGUCCUGAAUAUGAGUUAGCCAUGUAAACAAAUCCAAAAGCAGCCCCCUCAGAGGACAAAAUAUGUGCCAACUGCGUAAGAGUUGUCCUGCCAAAGUUCAGUCAUUUGUCUCCGAAUGACGCUAUAUUUAUGUUAUCUCCUGUGUUCAUCAAUUUGUGCCUGUGACGCUUGUCUGUAAAUAAAGUAAAACAAAAAUACGGA